AUGCCUUCGACUCAGUGCGAUGCCCAAGUACAAGCCCAGGACUCCGAUACUAGUCGCAGAGCUCAAUGGGCAGCCAUCAGCAAACACCAAGCUGAGCUCAGCGAUAUUUUGGGAAAAUUGGCGCACCAUCCCUCCUACAACGGGGUCUUCUCCCUUGGCAAAGAUGGCAUUCUGCGCUCGCUGGGCCCCGGCCGCGAUGUUCACGAUGCAGUCCCUUUAUCGCCUCAUUUGAUCAAGGCGCUUCUCGACCGUCUGCCUUUCCGCCCUGAGAAUGAGAUCGAUUUUCGUGGUGUCGAUGGCAGAAACACGCCCAAGGAGCAAUGGUAUCAUCCCGACAAGGGUUUGUUGCCUCCGCCUCUCGUUCAGACGGAAGAACAGAGGAAGUUGAUUGAAUCGAAGAGAGAUGAAACAAGGAGAAGGCUGGAGGAGGCGAAGACGAGGCCGCGUUGCCCGCCCCAGAUCAUGUCGGACCACGAUCUAGGGUUGAAAGAGUCAUCAUCUGAAGAUGCAUCUUAA